UGGCAAAAAAGGAAUUGGAUUAAUUUGUUAAGUUUCAGUGUAUGGUCACGCCUAUAUCUUGCGUGCUUGAUAUCUUAAACUUAUUAGUGUCGUCGGAAAAUAAAAUUAAUGUGUCCAAUUUUGAUGAGGUUGACAUAAAACUGUUAAAGAAACACGCAAGUUUUCAGCACUUGCAACGGAAUUUCUCUUGUUCUUUAUUAUAAAGAAGGAUUGUAUCAAAUUAACAAGCUAAUGGUGUAUGGAUGAUGUAGGAUUUUGUUAACAACUUCAUGACGUCGUACAGAAAACGUGAAGUGUCUUGUUUAUAAUACGCUAGGUCGGCUGCCGAAAUUGAGCAGACGAUAAACAUGGCCGAGGACAGCCAGUUAAUAUUCAGAAGAACAUGUGAGGUAUUUGAGUUGAGGACAUGUAGAAACGUCACGAUCCUGAAUCAAAGGUUUAUGGACCCGUGUGAUUGUCAAAACUAUUACCAAUGUAGUAAUAAUUAUGAAAUGCUUCAUCAAACAUGCGCCGAAGGGACAGCCUGGGACUCUGAGAAGUGUAUACAUUCCGAAGAUGUUUUUUUUAACCAGAAUUGUUCACCUUCCAAUGUGUGGACUAGAUGCAAUGUCACAGAAUCGCGCCUGCUUGAACUUCAGUCAAUCUGCACAAAUUCAACAACGACCACGCCGACUGUAACACCAUCCAGUCAGCGCACUCCAAGUUCAGACAGUAAAGUUUCCGGUAAUACCAGUCCCGGUGUUAUAGUUGGAUCCAUUAUAGGUGGCGCUGUUAUAGCGGUAAUAAUUCUAAUAGCAGCGUUCUGUCUUUAUAAAAGGAGAAAACAAAAAAAUAGCAUUGACAAGAAAAGAGGUGGAACGAAUGCUCAUAAUCCUGAAUAUUUUGAAGGUGGUCACCUGGACGACCCAUACGCUGUUAUAAAUGACGCCCACGUGACACACGAUGCGCAGAUGUCUGACCCCACAUAUAACGGUUCAGCAUUAGGAUUAGGAGGGACGAUGAGUCAACAAAGUGGAGUUUUCACAAACGCUGGAUUUGAUGAAACCGCUGAAGAAACCGUGUAUGACAAUUCUAGAGCACCAGUUGUCCGAGACGGAUAUACAAGCACCUUACGCCGCUCUGCAUUAGGAGGGACGAUGAGUCAACAAAGUGGAAUUUUCACAAACGCUGGAUUUGAUGGAACCGCUGAAGAAACCGUGUAUGACAAUUCUAGAGCACCAGUUGUCCGAGACGGAUAUACAAGCACCUUACGCCGCUCUGAUCGCGAAUAUGAAACCCCUUUUCGAGCCCAAUCAAGUAAUGAAUAUAUAGAGUUCGGUGGAAUCCAGACUGAUGAGAUGUCUGAUAAUCGGACGGAUCUAAAUGGGAACCAAGCAAAGAUGCUUGAACAUGCCACCGCUGCAUCGGGUACAAACGUUGAUAAUACAGAAAAUUCCCCGCAUGAUUAUUAUACCUUAACAGAGGAGGACCACAAAUUGUAAAACUUGUGAAAUACUAUGCUUGAAAACAUGCAAUGGUAAUAUUAUGUUAUAGAUAUAAAAACAGUGUAAAUAUGCUUUUAGUGUCAGCAUACUGUGUGUAUUCAAAAAUGUUUAGUUAUUGCCGAACAUGGCCUUCAAUAUUGUGUACGUUUAAUCAGUUAAUGUGUUGUAUUUGUGACAUCACCAGGUGUCUAAACAGCUCUGUAUACAGUAAUGAUACACUUUUAUGUGUCUGAAGUUCAUAAACUACAAGUGUUACUAUUAUAAUGGGUGAAGAGCUUUGUAAAAUAUAAAUUAAAAAGCAGCCUGCAUUGAUAAUAACGUCUUUACCGGAACAGAAUAACUCAAACUCCAACGUUUAGUAGAUAUUCUUUUAUGCUAUUCCUAUAAAACUGUGCUUUUUUGUUGUGAUAUUUUAGAAUGAGAUUAUAAUAAAAUUGUAUUUCAA